AUGGCCGCCGCAUGCCAGCCACAAGUGCGAACUACCCACAGGAUGGAACUUGCACACAGACGAAACCAUCCAGCGCCAUCUGACCACCACAGUAAUCAUCUCCAGGGAUGUGUCGGCUCACUACACUGGGCUAAACAAGGUGAUGUUUGCAGCAUAUAUAUUUGGUGGAAAAACUCCUUUGUGCCUGAGGAAAGCACAGGCACUCUCCUGAGGCCCACCCUAUCCCUCCUGGAGGCAACUACAGUAGCUGCAACUGCAUCCACGCUUCUCCUGUGCGACACAGCACACCACUUACCACCUCAAGGUGCACCCUUUCCCAGACGGACAAGCAACCUUCAGAGCAAGCACACUGCCAGCACUGGGUAUUGA